GCUGAACAGGGGGCUAGAGCUCCUGCAUGUCCAGCCGGCGCGACUUUGCAUCGUGGCUCCAAUUUCGAGAUCCUAGCGCCUCGACUUGCUAGAGCAGCCACCCGGAGCAGCUCUCUCACCUCCCUACUCUGGCCUGCCUACUUUCCCAACCCACAGGCGUGCUUUCAAGCGUCGUCAUUCACCUUCUUUACGCUCCUUCACCAUCCCAGUAUUCUAUUCCAUUCGCCAAAGGGGAUCUCUAGGUCUUCUACAAUGCUUGACAAACUCGUGGGCAUCGCCAUGCUCGUGGCCGCCACGGUCGUCUUCCUCUACUACACCUUCUGGACCUUGUUUAUGCCCUUCGUCGACUCGGACCACCCCCUCCAGAACUUCUUCCCCCCUCGCGUCUGGGCCGUCCGCAUCCCCGUCAUUCUCAUCCUCCUCGCCUCCGCCGUCGUGGGCUCCUUCCUCGGCGUCGUCAUGAUCAAGAGCAACAAGAAGAAGGCCGCCAAGGCCAAGGCCGCCGCCGCGAAGAAGAAGUCGUAAGGCGGAACGUAUAUCCAAGUGUGGUGCUUGCGCGCCGGGCGGACUCGGGACUGGGCGGCGAAGGCGCAGUCUCGCGGGAGAGCACCUGGCAGACCAAGACCUGCCUUGUCGGGACAUCUGGCAUGAGGAACCCGAACCUUCGAAUCGUCGAAUGGACCUCGUUACUGCGUGGACCAAAACUCGCGGACUUGUGUGUGAAUGCAGGGACUCGACAUUUGAUAUGCAGUCUGGGGACACGCAACCAAGACCACAUGCCCCAACUACUGCCAUAGUAAAAACCACAUACAUAUAAUAUCAGGAAGCCUUGCAAAUG